UCUGGGAUCAAGAAGUCAUUGAAGGCAGCCAAAAAGAGCAUAGAAGAAAAUGAUCCUCAAUCAGCUUUGGAAUUUGUAGAGGAGGCCCUUGAGGAGGAUAACUCUAAUUAUUUCGCUAUAAUCUUCCAAGGAAAGGCAUAUCAGUUGUUGAAUGAGCCAGCUAAAGCUAGUAAAUCUUUCAUUAAAGCGACUUCUUUGGAACCUGAUAAUUUAUUGGGUUGGAAGGGAUACUUCCAGGUACUUAGGUCACAAUCGGACUAUAAUGAAUUCUUCAAAGUCGCUACAGAAUUGAUAAGGAAGCAAAUAGACCAAGGAAUUGGCAUAGCAGAUACUAUCAAAGACAUCAGAAAUUACUUGAGCCAGAAUAAUUUCAAAUCAAAUAAGGAUUUGAAUGAAGCAUUUCUUCGAAGUGUUUUACCAGGAUCCGAUUUGGGGAACCUUGUGGGAUCAGAUCUUGGAAGACCUGAGGACAAUUUAAAGGCAUUGAUAGAACUAGUCAAAAGAGACGAGGCUGAAAAAGUGUCGAAAGCUUUAUCAUCUGAAAAGAUGAAGCUACCACGGGUCCUUACGCCUGAGCAGAAACUCCACUUAUCGAAUAUAACAUGGGCUUUUUAUAAGGAAUCUGAUCUAUCUCAGCUUUAUGAGGAGUUUUUGAAUAUCUCUAACGAUGAUUCUCUCAGAGAGCAGUUCAAGGAAGAUCUUUUGAAAUACAAGUAUGAGGUAGUAAAAGUAUGCCCCGAAAAAGAGCAAUUGUUUCAAGAAAUCAAAGAAAUGGUUGAAGGGAUGAUUUUGUUGAAAACUAAAAGUUUAUUUUGUUGGACCCUUUAUUUCGACUGGUCAGAUGUCACUGACUUGGCGAGAAUUGAUUUUGAAAACAUUAUAUUUUUCUUAAAGAACUUCGAAAAUGAAGGACUAGGUAUGGUAUUGUACUCAUUUUUGAUGAGUGAUAUUAGUCCUUUUGACAAAGCCCGAAUUUUAAGAGGAAUAGGAUCAGAGAAGAACCAAAACGAGUAUGAAAAUCCACUUCAAACUGAAGAUGCGGUAUCUUUUAAAGAAGAUUCUGAACUUAUAGAACCCGAAGAGCAAACCCCUUCAGACCAACCUUUACCCCCUGCGCAAGUAUUAAGUUUAAUGUUGAAGGGUUUUUCGAAAUGUGAACAAUCGAUAAUGGCUAACAGGAUAAUAUGUGGCUAUUACGUCCAUUUGCAUGAAUAUACUGAAGCACUUGAAAGAUGUCGUGGUGCAAUAAAACUUCUUGCUGAUGUUCAGAGAACAUGCGGGAUAGAUUUAGUGAACACAAGAGAAGAUAUCCUUUGUUCUUUAGCAAUAACAUAUACCUUCUAUGAGGCGCCAAAGAAUUUUGCUAGAGCAUUACAACUAUAUGAACGUGUCUUAACACGAAAUGAAAAAAACAUAAAAGCGAGAAUAGGUAAAGCAUUAAUCUUAGUUGAAAAGAAUGACCUUCAUGGGGCCAUGGGGUUAUUAUCCACCGUAGUUGAAGAAAAUCCAGAUGACCCCCAAGCGUUAACCGAUUAUUGUUGGUGUCAAGUCAAAUUAGGUGAUUAUUCUCCUGGUCGGUUAGGUCUCAUAAAAGCUCUAACUUUAGUUCAAGGUACGGACUUAUACAGUCGAGAACUCAGGGCAGUGAUUCAAUGGCGUAUAGCUAAAAGCUUCCUUCUACCUGAUAACGAUAAAGAUAAAGGAAUCGAAAUCAUUAAUAAGGCAUAUCACUAUCUUAUCAGGUCUUUGAAAGAUGCCAAUAAUUAUGCGCCAUCUUAUACGCUUCUUGGGGUUCUCUAUCAUGACUAUUAUGGUGAUAAGCAGAGAGCUCAUAAAUGUUUCUACAAAGCUUUUGAGUUGGAUGAAUCGGAGCUAUUAGCAGCAAAGUACUUGGUGGAUGACUUUACAUCUCGAAAUGAAUGGAACAUAGCUGAAAUUCUUUGCAAAAGAAUAGCUAACUCGGAGAGAUCACGAAGAGUAAUGUACAAUAAACAGCACGAAUAUAGCGAUAGCUGCUGGCCGUAUAGAGUGCUUGGCUGUUCCUCUUUGAAUAUCCAGGAUGAUGGCAAAGCAAUUGAGUGGUUUCAAGCAGCUUUAAGGAUAUCGCCAGCAGACGUUGAUUGUUGGAGUGGUCUAGGUGAAGCAUAUUUCAAUUGUGGUAGAUUUGACGCCGCCGCUAAGGUGUUUCGUCAUACUUUAACUAUAGAUGGUGAUUCGUGGACUACAAACUAUUUUUUUGGACAUGUAUUAUGCGAGAUGGAAGAAUUCGAAGAAGGGUUUAAACAUUUAAACAGAGCUUUAAAAAUUCAAAAGAAUGAAGCCAC